UUUUAAAAAAUAAGAUGGUGGCAAAAAUUCUUAAUUGUAACCGCUGCUCUCCUUUAGCCAAAUAACGUUUUUUUAGUAGAUUUAUGGAAAUUUCUAAUCUAGCAUCGUUAACUGGCUAUGAGCAAUUAUCAAAGAAUGUUAAUGGAGAAGCAGAUACUCAAAAAAUUGAAGAGGUUUCUGGUGAAAAGCAUCCAUAUAUGUUAAAACCAGGAGUUGUUCAACCUCCAAUUAAACUAGAGCACCCAAAUAAAGGGAGAUCAACUAAUCAAUUAAACUAUCUGCUCAAGCAGAUAAUGCCUGCAGUAUGGAAGCAUCAUUUUUCUUGGCCCUUUCAAAAACCUGUAGAUGCAGUUUCUCUAAAUUUACCUGAUUAUCAUAAAAUUAUAAAACAUCCAAUGGAUUUAGGCACCAUUAAAAAAAGAUUAGAAAAUCAUUAUUAUUAUUCAUCAAAAGAAUGCAUUAAUGAUUUUAAUACUGUAUUUACCAAUUGUUAUGUAUAUAAUAAACCUGGCGAAGAUGUUGUUUUAAUGGCACAAGCUGUAGAAAAAACAUUUCAAGCUAAAAUGACACAAAUCCCUUCAGAGGAAAUUGAAAUAUCAGUAUCAAAUAAAGGAAAAAGCAAAGGUAAAAGAGGCAAGUCAGUAAAAGGGUUUAACAACCAAAUAAUGAUUGAAAAAAAUCAUGCAACAAAAAAUUCUGAUAUCUUAAGUGGCGAUGAUGAAAGCAAUGAUGAUUCAUUAUCACACAUUAACAAUCUGAUAAUUUCUACAGAUUUAUCACCUGUAAAUCAAUUUCCCACACCAGAUAAUCAAAUAGAAUUGCCUCAUUCAUUAUCACUUGAAGAAGUGUCUUUAGUUACUUGUUCUAUAAUAAUAACAUCAUCAAGUAUAUCCCAGGCAUCUUUAAGCAAUCAUAUCGGUAGCAUCAAUAAUAUGGGAAAUAUUUCCACUAUUUCUACAAAUUCUUUUGUAAAAACAUUUCCACAUUCUACAUUAUCUACUUUUAGAGGAUUGAUAAAACCACAUAAUAAUCUUUCAAAUUUAGAUGCACAAAUUCUUAACAUAACUGGGAAUUCUAAUAUAAAUAAAUUCACAUAUUCAGUGCCACACAAACAAGUGAAACGCGGAAUUAAACGCCAAGCAGACACUACUACGCCUAACGCCAUAACCAAUCUCGACGUACAGUUGAGUGAUUCGACUGAGCCUAGCCUGAAAAUUAAUCAAAUGAUGUCCCAUGACCUUUCAGAAUCUGGUUCCAUCAAUUUUAACAAUAGCCGGAGAGAGAGUGGGCGGCCUAUUAAAAAGCCUACCAAAGAUUUACCAGAUUCUCAACAACACUUGAAGAAAAUAGACCGAUUUUCAUUACCUGUUCAAAUGAAAUAUUGCACUGAUUUAAUCAAAGAACUCUUCUCAAAAAAACAUCACGCAUAUGCCUGGCCGUUCUACACUCCCGUAAAUGUUUUGGAGUUAAACCUACCAGAUUAUCACGACAUAAUUAAGAAACCCAUGGACCUGGGGACUGUUAAAAAACGUGUUGAAGCUAAGGAAUACAAGAAUCCGAUCGAUUUUGCCACCGAAGUUCGCUUGAUAUUCACGAAUUGUUACAAAUAUAACCCUCCCGAUCAUGACGUCGUGGCCAUGGCAAAAAAGUUGCAGGACGUUUUCGAGAUGCGUUAUGCCAAGAUACCAGAGGAGCCUGCUUUCAACGCAAUGGACGCGGAGGAUGGCUUUACCCCCAGCGUUUACUACAACAUUAAUCGAAGUGCUGGGAGCGCAUCUCCUAGCUCGCCUCCGCGCUCACGUCCACGAACCCCAUCACCUGCCUCUUCAUCUACGUCAUCAUCUUCGAAUUUCAGUGCAGCGGAGAAGCAAAAGCAUCUGGCUGUCCUACAGGCACAGCUACGUAGCAUACACGAACAAUUAGCCACUCUCACAGCUAAAGCCACCUCCAAACACAAGAAAAAAAAGAAAAAAAACAAGGACAAAAGUGGAAGCAAUGAUAAAGACCCUGCUCGAUUCCAGAACCCUUCUGAUACAUCGGCUCCCUACCCUUCUCUCUCUAAUAGCACACUUACCAUAUCAGCAGCUUUACAUACGAAGAAAACUUCGAAAAGCUCCACCGUUGAAGGGGAUCACAAGAUACCGCUCGGCUCUCACCCAUCUCUGCUGGUGGAUCUUCAGCACGAAACACCUAUCUCUUCCCACAAGACUUUGCCAGAUAUUCAACCUCACGACAUUCUUCUAGAUCACACAACUAGUAACUCUCGCAAACGCAGCGGUAGUGGUUCUAAAAAAAUUAACACUGGUGGCAGUAGCAAAAGACAAGCUUUACCCGCUUCCACUUCUGGAUUUACUUCUACUAAAAAAUCCGCCUCUACUUUCUCCUCUUCUAACUCCAAAGUAAGUGCUGGGACUAGUAGGAAGGCCUCGGCAUCGGUCAUCAAGAAGGAGUCACUGAGGGAAAAUUUAUCUACUGCACCUUUGGUAGAGGAAACCAUACCAAUUCCCGUCAAACAAAAAUACAAUUCGUCUUCCGCCAUCGUGCUUGCUCCCACAAAUGCACCCGCACCCAUUGCAGCUCCCAUUUUAUCUCAAACCUUUACUGCUACCACUCUGGCUCAUUCUGCCGACGUUAAUGUGGCUCCCACAAAUGGUCCCAUUGCCCGUUCCAAGUCUUUACAACCACGCAAGAAAGGUGCAAAUAUCAAGCGGGGCCCUUUGUUGGAUGAAGCAUCUCAUGUGACUCCCUUGCCCACCUCCGCGAACAGCUCAUUUAUGCCGCCACCAUUGUACGACAGUGACGAUGAAGAUAAUGCCAAGCCUAUGUCAUACGACGAGAAGCGUCAACUCAGUUUGGACAUUAACAAAUUACCAGGUGACAAGCUGGGAAGGGUUGUUCACAUCAUACAAUCGAGAGAGCCUUCCCUUCGAGAUUCAAACCCGGACGAGAUAGAAAUAGAUUUUGAAACACUCAAACCAUCUACACUUAGGGAGUUGGAGGCUUACGUUGGGUCAUGUUUGCGAAAAAGAACGCGAAAACCUUAUUCUAAAAAAAUCGCACAAAAAUCCAAGGACGAGAUCGUAAAGGAACGUCGAGAAGAACUGGAGCGACGUCUGAUGGACGUAAGCGGGGCUCUUGGAACCGCUCCUUCCAACAUCCUCUCUCCCGCUUUCUCUUCAACAACGUACUCGGCCCUUCCUCCCGUCUCCGCAACGCUUUUAGGCCCCACAAAUUACAUGCCCUCCUCUCAAACGACUGCCGUCAUUUCCACAUCGUCACUUUCCUCAACAACGACUACUAAAGUUCAUAUCUCUAAUCCACCUCUUGUCUCCACAACACCCAUUAAUCUCUUUGCCAACUCCAAUGCUGUGUUAAAUACAAGUUCCAUUGACCUCAAGAAGGAUAUAAUGAUACAAACUGCUCCUAACCUUGUUAGCCAAGAAACUCUUUCCCUACCAACAGUUACCACAGUUAUGACAAGUGGUCGGAGUCGGUUGAGUGCCAGUAGCAGCAGUAGUUCUAGCGCUGGCUCCAGCUCCACCACCGACUCUUCCUCUGACUCCACGUCUUCCCCUGCCUCCGACAAUGACCAUGACGCCCCCCGCAAUCAUCCUCCAGAUAAAAGAAAAUCCAAAAAGGAUAAACAAAAUAAGACUUUACAUGACCAGGAAAUCUUGAAUAAUCCCGACGUGUCACUCAACCUUUCUUCGGUGGUUUAUAAAUCUACAGUUGCACUGCACAUUACCGAAACUCAAUCUCAGAACUCAUUUUCUAUAGCUUUUUCCAAUGCCACACUUGCUUCAACGAAAAACACAACACCACCCUUUUCCCAAACUCUCAACAUCUCUACCCCUUCUGUCGAUCCGCCUUCUAUCGCGACCACAAAAAACUUCGAUAAAAACGAGACCACUUUUCCGCUCGUUUCGGAGCACAAUGGGCUAGCCGACAUUUCCGCUCGCAUAGGCCUGAACAAAAUUAUACCAGCCAUGCCUCGCACCACUAACUCCCUCAAUUCCACUGAUGCCAAAAACAUAGUCACAACCAUUUUUAACCUUGUCGUUAGUGCUCCUAUCUCCAGCUUGAGUCCUUUAUCGAUGAUUUACACUUCCGAUACCAGCUCCGGCACCAAAAUUAAAGACUUCGUUCACAACAGCUUUGAAGCAUUUAGAAAACAAGCCCUGGAAAAGGAAGAGAGGCAAAAGCAGUUAAAGGAACAGGAGGAGAAAAACAAACAAGUUGAAAAAAAUAGCAUGGAAAAACUAAAAAAGAAUGAGUCCGAACAUGCCGUUUCUCCCAAUAUACCCCAUUAUUCCGUAAUUUCUAACGGCACUACUGCAGCCUCAGCAUACUUUAUCAGUCCUUCCUCUAUUCCGGGAGAUCUGCCGCCUUCCUUCAAAAAAGCUAUCCUUCCCCCUACAGCCAGCCAUUUACCUGACCUCCCUAACUCAGCUUCACCUGAUUUGGCCCGAGAACGCCAGAGGCUGAAGGAGAUGGAAAAACGGCGGAGGGAAAUGAAUGCCGGAUUAAUCGAUAUCAAUAGACAGAGCGACAUCAUGUCAUCCUUCGAAAAGAUGUUAUAAUGCAGAAAUUUGAAAUUGAAAAAUUCAAUCAUUAUUUUAAAAUCGUUAUGGGGUUUUUAAAUGUUUAUUAAAAAAUGUUAUUUAAAAACACAACUAAUUGUUAAACAUAUUUGUCGUUAUCAUUCAUAUAUGAAAAUCUCUUAUUUUAUUAUUUUAUUUACAGUUUUUUGCCCAUUAUACGUAAUUUUAUGAAAAUUUACAUUUAUUUAUUGCCGUAUAAUCUAGAUCUUAUUAUUGAAAU